CCGUCUUCUUCUCUCACCAACCAAAUGGAUCCUCGCAUCGCCACAACCUCCGUGUUCCAGUGGUCUCGAAGUCGCCGAAAGAUUCAUAUCCGCCGUCGUAAGUCACAGGUAGUGCGUCUUGGCGGGAAGAACAACGUGGUGCCACAUGGUGGAUUCUCGUUUAAGAAGAUGGUGCGGAAGAUGAAGCUGAGAUGGUUGAGACUACACUACGUGAAACUGGUGAAGAAGAUCAAUGGGUUCUAUCGUAAUUUGGUGAAAGAGUUCGCAGACGCAGGAGCUGACCUUGAAGCACUUCAGAAGCGAAUGGCGGUUGAAGGGGCGUCCUUCGCGGUUCCGGGUUUUGGUCUCUCUUUCGCCUCUAUGUCAGUUCAUGACCGAUCACGGCAUUUUCUUGUAUAGUAUCAAUGAUCACAUUCAUUAAAUUAUUAAUCUCGUAUAAGUUCUUAUAACCUUUUAUUGUUGUUGUAAUUGUAUCUUGUUAUUAUUUUACUGUGAUUUCGUAUUUCCAGGAAUCAUAUUUGCGGC